AUGGUUUCUCUGCGAAGAAACAUUAUCUUUUUCUUCCUACUCGAUUGGUGUCGGCAAAGUGGAGCGCCCACGCGGAUCAUCGAGUGCCCGAAUUGCAAUCGACGCCCUCAACUAUCACCACAACAAGCACGCGCUCAACCACAACUUGUGUCACCGCUCCGUCGUUUACCGGUGCUCAAUCUCAACCCACAGGCGCCACCAUUUGUGCCGCAAAAUGCUCAGCCCGCUUUUGUGUUGCCGGUAGUCCCUUUGCUACCACCAGCGCCGGCUCGUCGUCGUCUUGCCGCCAAUCCACCGCCACAAGCAAAUGUUCAACAGCUGCGUCACGUACCUGCAAGGCGCCGUCUCCGAGGUGUUCGCGAACCACAACCAUCCACAACCACCGCCGUCACUUUGGAUUCAGCUGGAGAGCAAUUGGUGAAGGAGAUUGCUGAUGAUCAUCGUGCCCGUUUGCGUCGAUUCACGCACAACUGUGAUAUGUCGCCACCAAAAAAGAGCCACUCCAAUUUUCCGAUUGAAGAUUAUGAGCAAUCGCUCUCAGCGGUUCGUCAUCGAGAAGAAUUGAAAUUACUUGAUGAGGUUUAUCUAGCUUCUACGGAAACUUACUCACUUUGGCCAAAUCAUCGUCGUGCUAAGCUUCUCUAUCAGCUCAAUGCGUGGUUGGAGCGUUUUCACUUUGAGAAAGAACAUUUAACCAACUUGCGACAAGAGCUCGCAGCUCGCCGGAGUCAACUCAAAAACGAUCGAAAACUGCUCACCUCGAUUGGAUCUAUGUUGAAAAUGACUUCCGCUGGAUUGAGCGAUGGUUUUGCGUUGAAGCGUCGUUUCGCUACGUGUGAUUCAAGGGAUUACGCGAUUGAGCAAGGCACCACACAGUUCAUCGUGAUGGCUUCGGUGAAAAAGCUGGCCGAGAUCGCGACAGUGUUGGAUCCGGCUGUAGAGAAAAAUAUCGGUUUUGGGCAGGUGAUCGCCUCGGAUUCACGAAAUGAAGAGCUCGUCGAUCAAGAGGCUUUCUCUUUUCAAAUCACAGCAAAGGAGUUUGCGGUGCCUAGCGAUGAGACAACCUAUUGGUGCAUUGUGCAAAAGAUGCCAGAACAGGUCGCUAUGCUGAAACAUCAUGCGAUAAAGAUGGAAGCAAUUGUGCAAGAUGGCAAUGAGCACCUUGUACAUCACAUGGAGAUAUUUCAUUGUGAGAAGCCGCAGAAGAAAGAGUACGAGGGUCGGUGUCGAGACAAAUGGAGGCCAAGGGAUUCGAACUCUUGCAAUCGAGUGAUCGCUGCUUGGGCCAAAGGAGCACAGGCAUUCAUCUAUCCACCCGAAGCCGGUCUUCCAUUAGGCGGACGAGACUCGGUUCCAUACAUAAUGGUCGAGAUUCACUACAAUAAUGAAAAACGCGUGUCCGGUGUGGUUGAUAGUUCCGGCUUCAAGUUCACCGUGACGCCGAAUUUAAGAGCCAACGACGCGGGAAUCAUGGAGAUCGGCUUGAUCUACUCGGACACGAUGUCCAUUCCACCACAGCAACGCGCUUUCCCAUUGACCGCAUUUUGCCCGUCGGCUUGCACAAAGCUGUACCCUGACGAGGGCAUCAACAUUUUCGGCUCACAACUCCACGCACAUCUCACUGGGCGAAAGCUUUGGACAUCGAUUUAUCGAAAGGGUGUGAAAAUCGGUGAGAUCAAUCGUGACAACCACUACUCUCCCCAUUGGCAACACAUACAAAAACUUGAGCCAAGCAUUCGCGUGAGACGAGGCGACGUUUUGAUGACGACUUGUGUCCACGAGACGAUUGACCGAAAAUCGACGACUUUUGGUGGCUAUUCAAUCAUCGAUGAGAUGUGCGUCAACUAUCUUUAUUACUAUCCGCAAUCCGUGGUCAACGUUUGUAAGAGCUCGGUCAACAAUGACACCCUCGCACGCUUCUUUCAGCUCAAUGGUGUCCCCUCAUCAAUAAAAUUGAUCUCCGAGCGGUAUGACUCGAUUGAAUGGAACGGGGAAAAUGUGAAGGAUUUAAUGGAAAUGUAUUCGACCGCAUCACUCAAUAUGCACUGUUUACAAGAUGACGGGACAUUGUUCAAGGAUCGCGAAGUGAACUGGUCGAGUGUUUGGCGUCCUCGAGCCAUCGCCCCGCCAUUCGACCGAUCUCCGCAACGUGUCGAGUGUCCGGCGAUCAAUGAC